CACACACACACACACACACACAGGUAUAUAUAUAGGUUAGUAAUAAAUUUUCAUUGCUGUUCAUUAUCUACAGAGGUUAGAUUCAGACCAAACGAAGCCGGCUGAUUGUCUCAUUAUCCGUGUCUACAAAAUUGUUUCCCUUAAACAUGACUGAUGCCAGCAAAAUUGUCAAAGAACUGCGGCAGAAUUUUUCUACUGGUUGUACACUUCCAGUGGAAUGGAGACUUCACCAGCUGUCAAAAAUUAUGAAAAUGUUGACUGAAUGUCAACAAGAAAUUGAAGACGCUCUUGUGAAAGAUUUACAUAGGCCGAAAAAUGAGGCAAUGUUUUUUGAAGUGGUUUUUGCCAGAAAGGAAGCACUAGAUGCUAUAAUCAGUCUCAAAGAAUGGAUGGAACCAGAAAAAGUUGAUCGAGGUUUAUUAAACAUAAUGGAUGACUGUUUUGUUAAACCUGAACCUUUGGGUGUUGUUUUAAUAAUGGGCGCUUGGAACUAUCCCUUCCAGCUGUGCAUCCUACCUUUGAUCGGUGCCAUAGCUGCAGGUAACUGUGCUGUGGUGAAACCGUCAGAGUUGGCACCUCAUUCUGCUGAAGUAAUAACAAGACUCCUACACAAUUAUCUGGAUUCAGACUGCAUUAAAGUCUACAAUGGAGGAAUUCCAGAAACUCAGGAACUUUUACAAGAACGAUUCGAUCAUAUAUUCUACACUGGUAGUAGUCGAGUUGGUAAAAUUAUCAUGAAAAGUGCAGCAGAACAUCUAACCCCUGUUACUUUAGAAUUGGGUGGUAAAUGCCCAGCUUAUAUUGAUGAUGAUUGUAACCUACAGAAUGUAGCAAAUCGUAUUCUUUGGGGGAAGACUGUUAACUGUGGCCAGAUAUGUAUUGCACCAGACUAUGUGAUGUGUUCAAAGGAACUACAGGGACCAUUUGUUGAAAAGUUGAUUGAAGCUUUUGAAAUGUUUUAUAGUGAUUCAAUACAUGAAACGAAGGACUAUGGACGCAUCAUUCAUAAAAAGCAUUUCCAACAUUUGAAGGAACUUGUGGGAAACCGAAAACCUGCAUUUGGUGGGGAAUUUUGUGAAGAAAGUCUACUGAUAACUCCAACGAUUCUGACUGAUAUCACCCCAGAUGAUCCUCUAAUGCAAGAAGAGAUAUUUGGUCCAAUUCUGCCAAUAAUGACUGUUGAAAAUGAAGAUGAAGCAAUUCAGUAUAUAAAGCGUGGGGAGAAGCCAUUGUCUCUGUAUGUUUUCUCAAGCAACAAAGAAACAGUAAACAAAUUUCUUUCCCAAACCACAAGUGGUGGAGUAUGCAUCAAUGAUGUCAUUGUACAUGGAGGAUUGGCAACAUUACCUUUCGGUGGAGUCGGUCAAAGUGGCAUGGGUAGUUACCAUGGCAAGUUCACGUUUGAGACAUUUAGUCACAAGAAAGCAGUCAUGUGGAAAAGUAUGGGCAUGGAAAAUGUCAACUCCUUAAGAUACCCACCAUACAGCGAUGAGAAAUGUCAACUAUUUACCUGGUUUGUCCUGAUGAGGCCUGGCCUUGCUAAGAAAUUUCUUACUGCUCUACUUGUACUGCUUGUAGCAUUAAUUCUGUCAUUUAUCUUUAUGAAAGUUUAUGGACCAUCAUACGGUAGUUUACUCCAUCAUUGGAAUGUUGCUGACAAUGACUUCAGUAGAAAUAGAUUCUUGAAACAUUCACAAGGAGCAAGCUAAAGAAAUAACAUAUUUUUGGAAUGGAAUUAUUCUGAUGGUGAAUAAUUCAAUAAAGAAGUGAUAUUAUAGACACGCUAAACUAAAAGUGGUAAUGGAAGAAACAUUAAAGAUGACAUUCAACAAAUCAUCGAAUUAAAGUUGAUUUAGGUUAACAAUUCAUUCCUCUGCAGUGGUUAAAACAAAUACCAAUAAUCAAAUGUGGAAUGUGUGGAUAAAUUAUGCUCACCUGUAAUCAACAAAUGUCUUGUAGAACAUAAAAAGUUAUGUUUUAUGAGUGAAGCAUUUAAAUAUACAUAACAAGCCUGUUUCAUCCAAAACUUAUAGUUUGUAGUUUGUGAGUGUAUUUAAAUAAUAUAUAAGUGUAUUUCUAUAUUUGUGAGACAUGACAUUAUUACAGUUGAUAAGAUUAAUGGGAGUAUUAAUCUCAACUUUUGGAUUAUUUACACAUUUCUGACUGUUUUCAGCUUUGGAUGCUGGAAUUUAUCUAUCACCCAGUUUAACACCACCACGAGGCCCUUCACUGCCUAUGCUAGAAUAUGCUUGGUUGCUGACAUUUGUGUAUGAUCUCCAGUCAAAAACAAGUUCUCCACUUCUUCCCCACUAACUUCAGAAGCACUAAAAAGGGUCAAAGACAUGACUUGUCCUUCUUCAACUAAGCGAGAAAAAAAUGUACUAUCAUGUUUUUACUAUCAUGUAUGCACAAGCAUAAAUAACACACCUAUUUUCUGCUAAUUAUUAUAUUAUGUGUGUG